UAUUGUGCUCCUGUACAUUCUUAACGAAAAAGCCUCUCUUGCGUGUGUUAAGUCUAUUACAGCUGUACAUCGUAUUGCAAAUGAAAGCAUGUUUGUGUUUUGACAGCUUGUUUAUACUUGUUAUCUAUAUGUAGAAAGUUGCACACCGUUUUGUUUUUUUCCGGAAAAGGGAAGUAGUUCCAUCUUCUGCAAGUAUUGGCAUGGUCUCCGCUUUCAUUGCUCUGCUAAGAAGCGGUGAAGAAAGACGGGCGGUGUAGCGAUUUAACUCGAUCUUAGCAGAUGCACAGAAAGCGUCACUGACAACAACACUGACAAUAGUGCAGUAAAGCUGGCGUGUCGUGGUAAAUACCACCAGGAGAAAACCUUUUUUCAAGAUUUUGGAGAUGAUGUAAAGAACUGUUGAAUUCCGCUGCUGUGCUUUUUUUGGGGGGGAUAUAACUGUCUGGAAAAGAAAAUGGCGAGCUUUUCGAUUAACGUGUCUAUUGCCCUUGUGUUCCUUUUCAUGUGCUCAUUUUCUUCUGUCAAAGCGGAGACCGAAGAAGAAGAAAAAGAGGAAAGAUCCUGCCAAGGUGCUUUCGACUUGUACUUUGUCCUUGAUAAAUCAGGAAGUGUAAAACACCACUGGAUAGAAAUUUACUCUUUUGUUGAAGAUCUGGCUGAGAAGUUUAUCAGUCCUAUGCUGCGAAUGUCCUUCGUAGUGUUCUCUUCUCGAGGAACAACAAUCAUGAAAUUAACUGAAAACAGGGACGACAUAAGAAAAGGACUUAUCUCUCUAAAAAGGGAGGUGCCUGGAGGAGAUACAUUUAUGCAUUUAGGACUGGAAAGGGCAAAUGAACAAAUAUACCAUGAAAAUUAUGGAGGUUUUCGGACAGCCAGUGUGAUAAUUGCGUUGACUGAUGGAGAACUGAACGAAGAACAAUUCUAUCGUGCACAACUAGAAGCUGAACGAGCUAGAGGUUUUGGAGCUAUUGUUUAUUGUGUGGGAGUGAAGGAUUUUAAUGAAACACAGCUGGCAACAAUAGCUGACACUAUAGAUCAUGUGUUUCCUGUAUUGGGAGGAUUUAAUGCUCUGGGAGGUAUAAUUGACUCGAUUCUUAGGAAAUCCUGUAUUGAAAUCUUAGCAGCCGAACCAUCAAGCGUCUGUGCUGGAGAGUCCUUUCAGGUUGUUGUAAAAGGGAAUGGGUUCUCUCACGCAAGGAAUAUUGAUCAGGUUCUCUGCAGCUUUAAAAUCAAUGACACUCUUACCAUAAAUGAGAAACCUGAAGACAUAGAAGAUACAUAUUUAUUGUGCCCGGCUCCAGUAAUAGAUGAGGUUGGACAAGUUGUGUAUCUGCAAGUCAGUAUGAAUGAGGGCUUAACAUUCAUCACCAGCUCUGUGUACAUCACCACCACUCACUGCUUUGAUGGGACAAUACUUCUGAUCACACUGUUAGUCCUGUUCUUAUUACUGGGUCUUCUUUUGAUGUGGUGGUUCUGGCCUCUAUGCUGCACUGUGGUGAUUAAAGAGCCCCCACCUCCACCACCCCCUGACUCUGAAUCUGAUGAUGAGGAUGGAAUGCCAAAGAAAAAAUGGCCAACGGUUGAUGCGUCUUACUAUGGAGGCAGAGGAGUUGGAGGCAUAAAAAGAAUGGAGGUACGCUGGGGUGGUAAAGGUUCAACAGAAGAAGGAGCUAAACUGGAGAAACCCAAGAAUGCUGUAGUUAAAAUGCCCGAACAAGAGUUUGAACCCUUUGAGCCAAAGCCAAAGAGAUUUGACAGGAGGCAGCCUCAGGAGAGAAAAUGGUACACGCCGAUCCAGGGCAAACUUGAUGCAUUGUGGGCACUGUUUCAGAGGGGCUAUGAUCAAGUGUCUCUCAUGAGGCCACUACCUGGAGAUCAGGGAAGAUGCAUUAACUUCACAAGGGUGAAAGAGGAAGCAGCACGUGCUCCCCCGAGAGCUCCACGAGAGUCCAUCCCUCUAAACAGAGCGACCACGCCCCCUCCCCCUCCCCCUCCCCCUCCCCAGAGCACCGUCCCGUCCAGAGGAUCAUCGCUGAGUCGACCUCCACCAGGACCCCCGCCUGCCCGCCCGCCUCCCGGACCGCCCCCGUCACGCCCACCACCCUGCCCAGACAACUAACCACGAGAAAACAGGAGUCACGAUGCAAAGUGCACAUGGGUUCAAAAUCUCCACUUUGACCAAACGUAUAGUAUUUAUUAAAGCUGGGGUUGCCUUACAAUGUAUGAGGUUUGUUGCUGGACAGCAAAAAUAAUUCAGAGAUCAACUACUGAAAAUCCCAGAAAAUGUAAAGUUUCCAAUUACGAUAUUUGAUUGUUUUUGACAUUGUUUUUUAGUUUUUUUUAGUUUUUUUUUACAAAAUGAAUUCUGGUUUUAAAGCCAAUUUCAGAUCACCAGAACACUGAAUUGCAAGUGUAUUAUUAAACGAGAUACUUUAUAUCAUCAGCAUUUUCCUAAUAUUUGAUUUCUAUUCUGCUUAACACCCUAUUAUCCUGUGUGUAUUCAGAAUGAUUCUUUAUUGUUGUGUCCACUUAGAUCAUUAUGUGGCAGAAAAGAUUUAUUAGACUGACUGUGACUGAGUAAGUGAGGCGGGGAAGCAUAUUAGCGUUGCACAGGCUGAAACAACAAGUGAAUCAUUCAGAACACAUAUAAGAAGAUAUAAACAGGUAAGAAUGAAAUGCUAGUAAAUGUAGAUGAUUUUAAAUAUGCCUUCAAUGUCAAGAGGUAAGAGUAUUUUUAGCUCAACAAUGUGCUGAGAAUCAUCUAAUUAGGUCUGCAGGCUAGUCACUGACCCUCCCGGGAACAUGUAAAGACUCCUGGUUGAUUUUGACAUGGGUUGAUCCAAUAAUCGAUUUAGUCAUGUAACUCCAAGCUGUUAUUUUUGUUUAUUUUAUUUGCUGUCAGUUACAUAAGUGACCUAGUUACAUGACAAUGUCAUAAAAUGCCAAAUAUGUUCUGUUUCAAUUGUAUUAGUCACUGAGUCUUGAAGGUAAAGAUUGUACAGAGAUGUAUGUAUUGUGAAAUGUCACUGUUUCUUUUGUAGUGGUUUGAAGGGUUGUUGUUGGUUUUUUUGUUUGUUUGUUUUUUUUAAGUACAGUCAAAAGGUUUUCUGUAAGUGAAAAUGACAAAACUUAAGGAACUUAGGAAGUGGUAACUGAAUAAAAGGUUGAUUUGGUGUCACAGCAAGAAGAACAUUGAUUGUAAUAUCAAAGCCUUUCUAUGCACCUAGAAGCUUUUAAAUCACAUUGUUUUAUCACACUUUUCAAGGUAAAACCAGGCCGUUCCAAUUGUAGUAUCAAAUUGAAACAUCUCUCUGAGUGCUGAGUGCACUUAAUAUACCCGGUCUGUAUGUUAAUAGAACUGAAUGUGGUUUUGAAAACUUUUGCUACAACAAACAAAUGGUUACUGCGGGGCAGUUAACACAACCUAAUUUAUUAAUCCAGGGUCUGGGUGUAGGUACUUGAAUAUUACAAGGUGGCUGCUGAUGGCUCAGGACACUGUAUGCAUGUGAUGACAACAUUGGAGUUAACCUCAUUUACCUAACAAUACAUUUGCUUUUUUGUUUUUUUUUACAUUUGUUAUACAUUUCUUUUAAUUAUUUCAUUCUUUAUGAAUUUAAUAACAUGGCCUAUCUUCAUAGUAUUGCAUUCAUUUGUUAUGGCUUAUGGAGUAAAGAUGUUUAGGGUUUGCAUGCACUUAUUUCCUGUUAGAGUGUGAAUUUGUCGUGACACAUUGAAAGAUUUCUUUCUUUGUAGCUUUCCAUCAAUGGUAAACUAUUGUCAUGAAAAUUAGUACUGAUUAAUGGGGUUUGAGCAAUAUUCCACUAACCUGCUAGGAGGGCAUAGGUACAGGUACAAUGCAUUUAUGUUAAACGUUAUCUAUCGAGUAGAUCUUUAUACCCAUGUUUAUUUUAGAUGCAUUUGGAAUACUAUCUAGAAGUUUAUUAUGGGAACAUUAACAACUAUGUAUUCCGACAAAGCUCAGACGUUAGAUACUGGAAUGCUGAAAACAUUAGUUAUUCUUUUACAUGUAUUAAUGUAAGCAUUAUGGAAAAAUGUGUUUCUUUUUCCAAAAAUAACAUUUUUUUUAAGUACUAAUAAAAAUGAAGUUCCAAACUA